AUGGCCGCCUCCAAGGACAUGGAAGCUUCUCCGCAGGCCACCCAUCAAGAGGUACCUGGCAUAUCGGAGAAGUCUCUCGACGGCGAUGAAGAAACCAGUCGCUAUGUGGAUGGCCCAGGAGUUGAGAUUGACGCGGCGACCAACAAGCGCCUGUUUUGGAAGAUUAACCGUCGCAUUCUUGUGAUCCAGCUGGUCACCUACUUUUGUCAGUCCUUGGAUAAAGGAACGUUGAACUUUGCGUCUAUCAUGGGUAUCAAGACUGACGCUCAUCUCGUGGGGCAACAAUAUUCGUGGCUUGGAACUAUUCUAUAUCUGGGUAUCCUCGUUGGAGAAUAUCCGCAAAACUUUUUGUUGCAGAAAUUGCCCGUAGGAAAGCUCCUCGCUGCCAAUGUGUUCUGUUGGGGAACCGUGGUGGCAUGUUCCGCUGCGACGACCAAUUUUGGUGGCCUCAUGGCUCUUCGGUUUCUGUUGGGCUUUUUCGAGAGUUGUGUGCAGCCAGCAAUGAUGUUACUGACUUCUAUGUGGUACACGAGAGAAGAACAAUCCAUGUUGAACUCACUCUGGUACUGCAUGACAGGACUGCAGCUAAUGGUUGGCGGUCUCCUUGCCUUUGGUGUCUCGCAUUUCACCAACGGUCCCAUUAAAAACUGGCAACUGCUCUUCCUCGUCCUCGGUCUAGCAGCAGUCGUAUGGUCCUUUUUCAUAGCCAUUCUUCUUCCCGACAGCCCUAUGAAAGCCAAGUGCUACAGCGAAGAAGAAAAGCGUCUCAUGGUUGAGCGCGUGCGCCACAACGAGACCGGUAUCCAAAACAAGAAAUACAAAAAGUAUCAGAUUAUUGAGGCACUCACGGAUCCUCUUGUCUGGUGUUGCGUCCUGCUGAUUACGGUUGCAAACUUGGUCAUUGGCGGACUUGGUGUUUUCUCCAAUCUUAUUAUUGAACAGUUUGGCUUUACUCUGCUCCAGACGCAGCUUCUCAAUAUUGCCCAGGGUGGUUUGACAAUAAUUGUUAUGGUCUCGUCGGCAUGGGCAUCUCAGAAAUCAGGGCAGACAUGUUUCAUUAUGCUGCUUUGGACUAUCCCAGCUAUUGUCGGCACCAUCGUCAUCCUCGUCGUAACUCCAAAUGCAUCAAAUGCUGGUGGGAUGCUUAUCGCCUUCUACUGUACACAGUUCUUCCUUGCCCAGGGUAACAUGAUCAUUUCUCUCGUCACACGUAACAUUGCUGGGCAGACGAAGAAGGGCAUCACCAUGACUCUAGUCUUUGUUGGCUGGGCUGUGGGUAACCUGAUCGCCCCGCAGAUCUUCCAGGAGAAAGAUGCUCCUAGAUAUCUACCAGGCUUUAUUGUGCACCUUGUCGUUUAUGGAGUGUAUCUGCUCUUGGUGGUGGUUACAAGGAUUGUUCUUUUGGCAAGAAACCGACAGAAGGCAGCGCAGGUCGCCGAGAUCAGUCAUGAUCUGGCUUUUCAGGAUUUGACUGAUCGAGAGAAUCCGAACUUUCGCUAUGUUUACUAA